GCUUGGUGGGGCCAUACCACCGGUAGCCCACCAACGGUAUGAGGCCAUGAAUCCUUGUGGGGCCAAAAUGCUGGACCCCAAACCGUUUAUUGAUUUAAAAUAGCUUAGGAGCCUUCCCUGAUACUCCUCAUGCUUUUUUUUUACUUGGCCCACAAGGUGACAAAAAGUGGAAAUGUGGGUGUGAAGUGUGUGUGCUUUCUGAACCCCUAGAGGAUUGUUCAUGCCACUGCAGCAUGACACACACUUCCUGAAGUGUGUGUCAUAUUAGCCAAUGAGACGCCUUUAACAUCAAGCGUCAUAGUCUCGCGGGAUUUUACAGGAUUUUGAUUGUGAGCUGAAGCACUUGUCAUAACAACACAGAGCGAUGCGCUGUACUGACUGAAGAACUUUGCACAUAAGAGCCAUGAUGUCCAAAAGGAAGUCCAGGAUAAAGCCUGUCGAAGAUGCAAUGUCGUACAUUCUGUCUUCCAGAGACAAGCCAUGGUUUGCAGAAAGAUUUAUCAACAAUAUCAAAGGAAGAGGAGUGUUUGCUACCGAACCAAUUGAGCAAGGCUCUUUUGUGUUGGAGUACAGUGGUGAAUUCAUAUCAGUGGAAGAAUGCCGAUCAAGGCACUACUCAGAGACACAGAGUACAUUCCUGUAUGAAUUUGAUUGGCAGAAACGCCAGUGGUGUAUUGAUGCAUCCAAAGAAGAUGGGUCCCUUGGAAGAUUAGUGAAUGACAACCACACAUCUCCAAACUGCAUCAUGAAAAAAGUUAUAGUAAACAACAAGCCACAUUUGUGUCUGUUUGCUGUGAAGAACAUAGAAAUAGGAAGUGAACUUGAUUACAACUAUGGUGAUUCAAAAUGGCCAUGGCGUAACAAGGUGACAUACAAGCAGGCUCCUGCAGCAGAAGAAGAAGAAGAGAUGGCUGUGCUUCCUGUUAAUCUAUCUUCCCGUGAUGAUGAUGAUGAUGAUGAUGAUGAUGCUAGCCCAAAGGUGACAUACAAGCAGGCUCCUGCAGCAGCAGAAGAAGAGAUGGCUGUGCUUCCUGUUAAUCUAUCUUCCCACGAUGAUGAUGAUGAUGCUAGCCCAAAGGUGACAUACAAGCAGGCUCCUGCAGCAGCAGAAGAAGAGAUGGCUGUGCUUCCUGUUAAUCUAUCUUCCCACGAUGAUGAUGAUGAUGCUAGCCCAAAGGAAUUUACUGUCGGAGGAUCAUCCCUGGUGGAUUAUUCCGACAGUGAUGAAAGCAAUGAGAAUUGUUUAAAUGACCAGCCAUUGGGUCCACACUGUGAUGAAGUUGUUCCAAAGUUGAGAAGGACAAAAAGCAUUCUGAUGAAAACAGUUCCAGAUUUUUCUGAUGAUCUCUACGAUUCAAGUGAUGACGGUACAGAGGGCCCUUCAACUCAGUCCAAGUCUGAGAUGGCUUCACAAAGGUUGCUAGCAUUACAGAGGCACAGGAGUCAGAAGAUGAGGACAGUAUGAUGUCACUGCCAGCCAGCACCUCUGCAGCGUCUGCCCAAAACCAGAGAAGUUCUGCAAAAACUAGAGAAGCCAGGAUGGCAGAAGCCCAGGAAUCAGAAGAUGAGGCAAGCACCGCAUCACUGCAAAAAAGCAUCCCUACAGCGUCUGCCCAAAACCAUAGGAGGAAGUUUGCAAAAAAGAGAAGUAAACAAACUGCUGUUAAAAGAAACUGGACACCAGAAGAAUGUGCUGCAGUACGACGACAUUUAAAGAAAUUCAUUGUGAUGGCGCAAGUCCCAGGGAAGGAGGACUGUCAGCGCUGCAUCACUGCAGAACCUCAAGCUCUGAAGAGCCGAGACUGGAGGGCAGUGAAAUACUUUAUUAAAAAUCGAAUUUCUUCUCUGCGAAGAAAAAUAGAGUGAAAGUGUUUCACUGAACAGGGUAAAAGAUAGGCUAGUAGGAGGAAGUUCUAUAAUAUUUGACAUAGCCCUACUGGAAGCAAAACAAAGCUCAACAAUGUUUUUAUAUUCUCUGAAGUCUCACACAUAUAAAAUAGAUUCUUGCAUUAUGACAUAAACUGAGCUCAGGUGCACCAAUGUCCCACUCAGUCUGGCUGUAUUUAUUCCUGAAAUGAUUUAGGGAAUGUGUUACAGUAGUCAUAAAUUUAACCACUUUAUGUUAAAAUAUGUUUAUAUCAUAAUCUACUUCAUAUAGCUGAGACUUAAGAGGAUCUGAAAACAUGUUUGUGCUCUGUUUUACCUCCGGUAAGGACGUCUCAAAUACUAAAGCACGUCAAAGUCUCCAAUGUUAUCAUGUUUUUAUGUUAUUAUGUUGUGUUUUUAUCAACACAAGGAGCUGUCAGACUGUUUUCCUGUUAUCAAAGCUCAUUGAAAUACUCAGCACUUGAUUUGCAGCAUUAACAGUUAUCUGCAUACAUGUUAUCAGUUAUUACAUUAUGAGAAAAUUAUAACAUAAACUAAGCAUGCAGCAAUUUUUUUUGUACUUUUUUCUCAAAAUAACAAAACUCUGGCUUACUUUAUAUUAUAACUUUUUAAUAAUGUAGCUUAUUUCAUCAGGCACAUUACGCUGUUGUAAUGUAAUGUGUUUAUUGUUUUGUAGUAUGUUCAGAUUAUAACAUAAUGAGCUUUUAUUACACUAAAGUAAUUGCAUUAUGUGUAGUUAAUUACAUUUUUUAAGUUAAAUACACAAUGUGUAGUUGUUGUUUUAGCCAUUGCCUCCAGUCAUCAUAAGUUGGUUUAGACAGAGCUGUUUUUGUUGUUAACUUUACUCAGACCUUAGUUUGUAUUAUUAACAUUUAAAAUGCAAAUAUUGUCUGACAGUCACUCUGUCUUUAUCCACAAACAACACAUGCUCACUGAAGACAAAAUGUGUUGCAGAGUUCAUUUUAGGGAAUGUUUUCUGUAAAAAAAAUGACCGAUGGUAGUUCCAGAAUGAAAAAUGUUAACCUUAAAUAAGAUAAAGGGGUUCGUUUGUCAAGAAAAGUCACCAUACUUUAGAGAGUUUUCAGCGGGUGAUUGUUUUUUAAUCAUCACUUCACUGCCGUGUCUACCUAAUGUGAGGAGAGGAGAUGCAGGAUGUAAAUCUGAAUGUAAACCUCUGAUGCAGCCCUGCACUUGGUUUGGUAAUAAAAAACAAACUAAAGAAACAA